GGGCCUCCCCUGAACUCGUCUUACCUCCUUCCACGCUUCAGAUCCGAAGCUCUAUCUAUCUCCUUCACUUUGUCUUCUCCCCUCUCUUCGCUAUCAUCUCGUCUCGCAGCCUUCAGGGAUUCGAAUCAGUGGUGUUAAGUUUCUCGAUUAUCAAUGGAUCAGGCGGAACUGUCUACGGAGCAGGUACUGAAAAGGGACAUUCCAUGGGAGACUUACAUGACAACUAAGCUCAUUUCAGCUACUGGUCUCCAGCUCUUGAGGCGCUAUGACAAAAAAUCUGAGAGCGCAAGGGCACAGUUGCUCGAUGAAGAUGGUCCAGCUUAUGUUCAUCUGUUUGUUACCAUCUUGCGUGAUAUAUUUAAGGAGGAAACUGUGGAAUAUGUUUUGGCUUUGAUUUAUGAGAUGCUCUCAGCAAACCCAACACGAGCUCGGUUAUUCCAUGAUGAAUCUUUGGCACAUGAGGAUACUUAUGAGCCUUUCUUGAGGUUGCUGUCGAAGGGAAAUUGGUUCAUUCAAGAAAAAAGCUGCAAGAUCCUUGCCUGGAUAAUCAGUGCUAGGUCAAAAGCUGGUAAUGGUGUUAUUGCUAAUGGAGAAGCCUCUGCUUCUAAGAAACCUAUUACUACAAUUGAUGAUGUACUCAGUGGGUUGGUGGAGUGGCUUUGUGCUCAGUUGAGGCAACCUUCUCAUCCUACUCGUGGUGCUCCAGUUGCAAUCAGCUGCCUCUCGACACUGCUUAAGGAACCUGUUGUCAGAUCAUCGUUUGUUAAGGCGGGUGGGGUGAAGUUACUUGUCCCUUUAAUCUCACCAGCAUCCACUCAGCAGUCUAUCCAGCUUCUAUACGAAACAUGUCUCUGCAUCUGGCUUCUUUCCUAUUAUGAACCAGCAAUAGAGUACUUGGCAACAUCUAGGACAAUGCAAAGGCUCACGGAAGUGGUCAAGAGCUCGACUAAGGAAAAGGUUGUCAGGGUGGUCAUAAUGACAUUCAGGAACUUGCUUCCAAAAGGUACAUUUGGUGCCCAAAUGGUUGAUCUUGGACUCCCACAUAUCAUCCACAGUCUGAAAACACAAGCAUGGAGUGACGAGGACUUACUGGAUGCACUCAACCAACUAGAAGAAGGGCUAAAAGACAAUAUCAAGAAGCUGAGUUCCUUCGACAAAUAUAAGCAAGAGGUUCUUCUUGGCCAUCUUGACUGGAACCCAAUGCACAAAGAGGCCAAUUUCUGGCGUGAGAAUGUCACAAGCUUCGAGGAGAAUGACUUCCAGAUACUCAGGGUUCUCCUCACAAUCCUGGACACGUCAAGUGAUCCAAGAUCGUUGGCAGUGGCGUGCUAUGAUCUGUCGCAGUUCAUACAGUACCAUGCAGCGGGGAGAGUGAUUGUAACAGACCUCAAGGCGAAAGAACGAGUGAUGAAGCUGAUGAACCAUGAGAACGCUGAGGUUACCAAGAACGCUCUCCUGUGCAUUCAGAGGCUUCUCCUUGGUGCUAAGUACGCCAGCUUCUUGCAAGCUUGAUGGGAUUUCCAUGUUUCUUUCUAUAUAUGGAAAGCAACCAAAACGCACAGAGUGCGUUUCUUUUUUUUUUCCUGUGGAUUUGUUCACUCCAAACAAGACCUUCCCGAACGCCUGCCUCUUUUUCUUUCGAAUCUACAUUCGAAGAACAUCUCUUUAUUAUUUGUCCUGGAAAAUCUUGUGUAUGAUUAAAUAAUUUGUUCGUUGUUUUCUCCUUUUUGUAUUUUUUUAUUCAAUAAAAAGGCAUUGAGGUUGCUAUU